UCCUGUCUCAGGAAAAGCGCACAUACUGUGACUCAUAUAGGGCAAGUCCUGCGUGUUUACUCAGCCUCUACACAGAGCUGUAAAGUCGCGUUUUGUGGAGGAUCAACAGGCGGCUGCAACCCAGAGAAACUCGGAUUUUUAACCCCUCUGUCCAGGGUCAAUUAAUGAGCAAGAAAGGGGGGCGUGUGGUCCGGUUCUAGAUGGAGCUGCUUCGGUUUUCCGUUUUCUGCUGUGGAGCGAUUCUGGUUAGUGGUGGGCUGCUGCCGGUGGAGACGGGGCCCUCCAUUAAAAAGAUAAAUCAGCUGUGCAAGUUUUGUGAUGUGCGGGCCACCAGCUGCCCUGGUAAGGGAGUCUGCAAGGUGGAUUGUGAAAUUACCUCCAUCUGCGCCGAUGAUAACGAAGUGUGUGUCAGUAUUUGGAGGAAGAAAGAUGACAAUGUUACAUUUGAAACGCUGUGUCACAAUCCAGUUUCUACAUUGUAUGGCCUGGUCCUGGAAGAUUACAACAACACCAAGUGUAUUAUGAAGGAGAAAAAGGGCAUGGGCUCAAAGUUCUUCAUCUGCUCCUGCUUCGAUGAAGAAUGCAAUGAGAACAUCAUUUUUAACCCAAAUUCUCAGGUGUUGCCUGUCAUCCUGGUAAGCCUGGUGCCUCUUCUGGUCAUAGCCGUCAUUGUCAUCACUUCCUUCUACUGUUACCGGGUCUACCGUCAGCAGCAAAACCCACACAAGGAUGGUCAGCAGCACAGUGACAAGAAGCCUAUGAUGGACAAUGAUGGUUCAGACAGCAGCUCCAUGCAUGCCAACAAUCUAAACCACAACAAUGAGCUACUGCCCAUCGAGCUGGAUGUUCUGGUCGGGAAAGGACGCUUCGCUGAGGUCUACAAAGCCAAGCUGAAGCAAGGCUCAUCAGCCAGUGAGGAACACGGCUUUGAGACGGUGGCAGUUAAGAUUUUCCCGUACGAGGAGUACGCCUCCUGGAAGAACGAGAAGGACAUUUUCUCAGAUGCAGACCUGAGGCAUGAGAACGUGCUUCACUUUCUGACAGCAGAGGAGAGGAAGGGGCAGAGACAGUACUGGCUGAUCACGGCUUACCAGUCACUAGGAAACCUCCAAGAGUAUCUAACCAAUCACAUUAUCUCCUGGCACGACUUGUGGCUGCUGGGGAGCUCGCUGGCCAGCGUAGUGGCGCACCUUCAUAGUGAACAUACGUCUUGCGGUCGCUGCAAGGUGCCAAUCGCUCACAGGGACAUUAAAAGCUCCAAUAUACUUGUGAAAAAGGACAUGACCUGCUGCCUGUGUGAUUUUGGCCUCGCACUGCGGCUGGACAACUCUCUGUCUGUGGACGAGCUGGCCAACAGUGGUCAGGUGGGCACAGCUAGAUACAUGGCUCCUGAGGUGUUGGAGUCCAGAAUCAAUCUGGAAAACAUUGAGUCUUUCAAACAAGCAGAUGUUUAUUCCAUGGCUCUGGUUCUCUGGGAGAUGAUCUCCAGGUGCAGUGCAAUUGGAGAGGUGAAGGAGUACAAGCCCCCGUUUGGGAACCUGAGGGAACACCCAUGUGUUGAGAGCAUGAAGGACAGCGUUCUCCGAGACAGAGGAAGACCUGAGAUCCCCAACAGCUGGACGAGUCACACAGGCAUCCAGAUGGUGUGUGGUUCUAUAGAGGAGUGCUGGGACCACGACCCAGAGGCCCGCCUCACAGCACAGUGCAUCGCUGAGCGCUUUAACGACAUAGAGGACCAGGACAAGCUGUCAGACUGCUCCGACUCAGAGGAGAAGAUCCUGGAGGAAAUCAUUGUCGUGGAUGAGAAGUAACCUCUCAACAGAAUCGCUGCCCCCACCAGGGUGGCUGAGGCAUUACAACCAAACAGCUUGGAAAGGAAGGACUUUCAGCAGACGAGUUGUUUAUUCCAUCAGAUGUGUGAUACAGGAGAUGAACUGGAAGAUGACCUACAUGACAGUGAUUUGUUACCAGACAAAUUAUCAGGAUCAAGUCAGGAACAAACAUGGGAAAACGAAUAAUGCAUCAUUUUUCACCAAGUACUAUCUGCACUUUAUAAAUAAGAAUUUAUAUGUAUGCACACUAAAGUGGAUGGAACCUUCAGCUUUAGCUAAAAACUUCAGGUAUAAAAAAUAAAGGGACUGCCCACAUUUUAAAAGGAGGCAAUGUAAAUUACAGAGAAAUUUAAUACACUAAUAUACUGCUUAUUUUGUAUUCAAGUGCUUAUAUUGUUUUUAAAUUGCAUCUAUGGUUUUGGAUGAAUGUCAUGAAAAACAAUGCAAGGUGGAUUUCUGUGAAUAAAAUAACUCACAGAAAAAUGAAAAUCUAUGCAGCGAUGUAAUGUGCAAGGGAGGUUAUUACUUCGCAAGGACUAUGAACUGUUUAUGAAUACGUGAAUGAGGAGCGGAUGCAAUUCUGUACAAAACUCUUUACCCACCCUCAUUUCCUUCUGUUCAUAAUGUUGUUUCAACCAAAUUUUCUCCCAUCUUUCCAGAAGAUCGUAACCUUUUUUAGCUCAAUUUUUGUUCAGUUCUUUAAAUGAAUCCAAAGAAAAGUGUGCUUUCCGUUCACCAAUGAAAGGCAUCGAACUCUCACAGGGUAAGAACCAGUUAAAGCUGUAUCCUUAUAGGGUAACAUUGUUUAUGCUUAUUACGUUACUUAUAUCUGCAAAAAGUGCCAAAGUUAACUUCUGUGAAAGCAUAAAAUAGUCUUUUUGCACCAGCAUUGAGUUUCUUAAAGGAGCAUUUAGCUAAAAAAUGGAGGAAUGGUGUGACUUUACAACUAUAUCAGGAAAGUGGACAAGUAAAACUAAUAAACGACCAGGUCUUUUGCUUUUAUUGGGAUACCUGGUAAAGAUGUGUAUAAGCCUUAAAAUAUAUAUUGGAUACUUUUUGUGUUGCUAAUGCUCUUUGCUGCAAGUGUCUAAGAGGAAGCUUUGGAGAUUUUUUUACCUCCCAUGUACCCCUAUUAGUCCUUAGCUCUACUGUAACAUCCACACCCCUUUUGGGAGAAAGUAGACCUUGUGGUCUGAAUGGCAGUCAGUGCAACUUCUGAGGCAUUAGGGUUAUUGGGUCCUUGGAUGUCGUGGCAGGCAAGUUAAACAAUAAAUGUUGUUUCCGUUUGCUAACCCUGCUGAUUUUUAAUUAUUAUUAAAAAAAAUAUUGAACCAAUAGAACAAAAUGUCACUUCAGCAUACAUGCAUUGAAGGUCCCUUUCCUGUCAAGCUUUUCUAGAAAACGUUUUAAAUCAGAGACUAGCAGCUAUUUCCAAUAAUUGUUUGGCUUUUCUGGUGUGAUUUUAUUUUAAAACUAAAAAACCCAUUUGUUGGAUUUUGUUUUUACUUUUAUUGCACCAAACAGGCCAGAAGAAAUGAUGACCCAUUUAAACUGUAGCACAGCUGUUUGCAGGAGGAAGUGACAUAGCAUUAAAUCAAUCUAAUGCAAAUCUGCCUUUCAUUUUAACGGCCUAGAAUAGGGGUUGGCAACCUAGGUUUUGCAGGUCUAGAUGAACUUUUUGUUGAGCGAGGGUUAGAAAUGGUUGCAGACCCCGGGCUAGGACACAUUGCCCAAGAAUAAUAAAUGCUUUUCAGCAAAUAUUACUUUGUACCAUACACAGUUUCACUGAUCGAUAACCCAGGCUGCUACAGUUUUUCUAGACAUGGCACUGCUACAGAACAGACACAGCUGGGACUCAAAUAUCACAGCAAUGACUAAUAAUAUAUCUAAAUCUCACGCUAUGCUAUGCUGUCUGCACAGAUGAGGAUUUACUUGCCUCUGCAUGCAGGAUGCUUGUAACUGCAAGUUUAACUGAUGACAUGGCCUACUUUUUAAUUAAUUCAGAUAAUUAUCAGACUGAAACUGAAAGGUAUGAAUUCCUUAUUAAACAUUCCUAGACAAUCAGAUCAACUUAAAGUAAAUAAUGAUGUUUUUGUCAAAAAUGGUUCAGUUACACACAUUUUAGGAAUAGUUAAGUGGAUUGAUUUUAUUACAAACUGUGUUUUAUUAUGGUAUUUAUUCCCCACAGGAUAAAUUUACUGACACAAAGCAAAGGACUCCCACUCCAAUCUCUGAGAGCAACCAUCCUGCAACUGUUAGCGGCACCCCUGUUCCAACACAGCUGAAUCAAAUGAAUGGUUCGUUACCAGAACUCUGCAGAAGAUCAUUCAGGAAAAAUUGAUUCAGGUGUGCUGGAGCAGGAAUGCAUCUUAACUUUGCAGGAUGGUGGCUCUUGAUGACUGGAGAUGGAGACCCCACAAUAGGUUUGAUUUUUCUAUAAUAUCAAUGUGAGAUUAUGCUGCUUCAUGUGCUUUACUCAUCUUUACUUGGUGGGCCCAACAAGAAUAGGCACUAGAUUGAUAGUAGGUUAGCAGUAUAUGAAAUAUAAUAGCCUUAAUAAUUGGAUGAAUAAAUCCAGCAAAGCCCUGUUUUUGGACACCUAAGAAAAGCCUUAUCCUUAAGCUGGUCUGAAUUUUAUACUUAUUUUCACACAUUUAACCAAAGAAAUUAGUAAUGUGAUGCAGUUGUGUUUGUUAUUGGCAGAUCCAUAUAAUUUCCUCAAAUAAGAACUGGACAGAAAAUGAUGGAACAUGCAGCUAAUGACCUUAGGAAAACCCUGUAGAAAGCCUGUACAACUAAUAAUCAAGUCCAUUUUACUAGAUUACCAUAAAUUUAGGAAGAGUGAUUCAGGAGUUUUUCACAGUAAUAUAUUGAUAUCUACCAUACAUAUGUAUGUGUUUGUGUGUGCGCAUGUGGUUGUUGUUCCUCAGAGGACUUUAGAUUUUAGGUCUGUUUAUUCAGACUAGAGAGAAUAAGGAAAACAUAAUGUCUCAAGGAUGCUAAACUGAAGAAAAAAACCCACUUUUCUGUAUUUUCUAAGAGCUGAGCAUGCUAUGCUAUGAGUUUUUUUUUUUUUUGUAACGUGCCUUUUUUCAUACAGAAAAGCAACGCCUCAACAAAUCUCCAGAAAUAUUUUGUAUCAGACCUCUGUAUAGAAGUGUAAAGUCAAUAUAUAUAUUUUUUGUAUUAUUAUUCUGGUGUUUUGAUGUGUUUCCCAAUCUUGGUUUGACAUUUCUGAGUUACACUUUGUACAGAUUCCUGAAGUUAUUUUGAUACACGAAAUCUAUUUUAUGACUAUUUCAAUCACUAGAGCUUUAAGAUUUAAUAAGUGGAGCUUUUGUAAAUAUUACCAAUCUUAAUUAACUAAAUGUUUUGGCAACUUUAAGCUCAUUGUUUUGAUUUGGUUCCUAUUUAUGUACCCAUUUACAGGAAAUCUUUCAGCACCAGCAUACAAAACUGACCUUGCAAGGAAGAGGCCCAUACCCCAAAAUUGUUAAAUCUUAAACUUGUUUGUUAGUAGCAUUUGAUGAAUAGAUUACAAUGAAUAGAUUCAACGUCUUUAUAUUGGUUUGGUGAGAAGUUAACACCCAAUCCUCAUGGGCAUUAAAAUAUCUCAAAUUUGUUCUUUUUAUGAUAUUUUUUUAACCAUUUUCCAGGGAGGGUUAGUAAUAAUACAAAACAUCUGUGAUUUCGAAAACAAGCAUUGAAUGCUUAAGUUUGAACUUUUAUUGUGAAUUUUCUCUAUUCCACAUUGAGUCAGAAUUAUACAGUCAGACUAAAAUAAAAAAGUGUUCCUACUAAUAUUUGGUCAGUUGUCCUUUAGCACCCCUAAUUCAGUUUUUGUAGACCUCUACAAGCUUUUGCAGUAAUUCUGAUAUUUAACCACUCAUCCGGUGGUUAAUUAUUCAACGUUGGUCCAUUUUUUGAGGUUUUGGGAAGGACACUGCCAAAAGUUAAUGGCCUAAGUAAUGUUGAGAUCAUUGUCCUGUUGCAUUCCCCAAUUUUGUCCACGUUUAAACCUUUUGACCCAAACUAAGACGAAAGGAAAAUGGUUGGGAUGCCUGAGAAACAACCCUAGAAAUCACCACAGCUUACGCUGUGCACGUGUGACUUUCUGCAGGGAAUCCAGUUUUGUAUCAACGCUGACUGAGAUUGACCUCACCAAGAAAAAAGUUGGCUACAUGGGGUAAAAAAUUCUUGAGAAUGGUUUUAUGCUCUGACAAUUGAAAGAUUGAGAUAUUUGGCCAUGAUUAAUAAAGAUAUGUUUGACGGACUGAAGGUAAAACUAUCAAAACCAGCAACAUCGCAGUAACUGUGAUGCACUGUGGUGGUAGGAUCUUGUCUGUUUUACUCCCUGUUCUUUACAUGCAGUGGACAAAGUGAGUGGAAUAAUGGAGGAGUUGCCUACAAAUUAUUUAAUUUAGCCUCAAACUGAUGGCUAGAUGCUUGAAUUUGGACCCACCUGUGUGUCCUAGAAUGACAAUGAUUGAUAAAGCAGGCUAACUUUAAGCUUCUGUAAAGUUCUAACUUCAACUAUACUGAAAUUGUGGGAACUAUGCAUAAAAGUUGUGUUCAUGGGUUUGAAAAGCCAGUGGUUAAAGUGCUACUUCCUCCCAAUAUUGUUGAGUGUAUGUAUCUCUUAUACCCUGUAAGCUUUAUUUUCACCCUGUGCAUUAGAAAAAUGUCCAUGAUAAAUUCUAACUUGUUUUAAUAAAAAAAGUCAUUGAA